CACCUCAUAAGCUGAUAGGGGCGGUGAGGUAAAACAACUCACAAUCUCACAACAGCCGCAUCGACGUACGAUCUUAAAAUGGCGGCGCCCAUGAACGCGUACGGAGCUAUGACAAAUACCGAUGAACACGCCGAAAAAGACGGAAACGCAAGUGAAAGGGCCAGCAAAUCGCAAAAGAAAAUCAAUCGCAAGCUGGUGAAAUGUGCAAAGGUCCUGGAGAAGCACGCUGGCAUAACACUGUGCACUUACCCGACAAAGAACCUCGUGCUCAGUAAUUGCGGACUAGCGUGCGGGGGAACAUACGAAACUCUUCGCGAUAUCUUGGACGCGCAUGGAAAUGUGGAAAGCAUCGUGCUUCUACCGGAUAAGCCCUACGCAUUCGUGGUCUACAGCAAGGUGCAGCAUGCUGUCGACGCUGUGGCAGCUCUGACAGGCACAAAGCCUCACUUUGCUGCGGCCCCUCUAUACUUGGGGUACGUGGAAGAUGUACCCCGCGCUGAACCUCCUGCCACAGCCGCAAUUUUGCCUCCCGGACUCGAGCUCAUCCUCGAUGCUGUAUCCGAAGAGGAGGAGGCUUCAAUGCUGGCAACCUUCCACGUUGAUAACCCACAACAAUCACUCAAACACCGCGACGUCCAACACUUCGGCUACGAGUUUCAGUACGAGCUCGCGAGAGUGUGUAAAGAUCCGCCGUUGGACAGGAAAAUUCCUCUCGAAUGUCUGCCGUUUCUCGACCGUCUGGUUGGCUCGGGGAAACUGAAUGAGCUUCCCGAUCAGCUGACUGUGAAUCGAUAUCAACCCGGCCAGGGAAUCGCUCCGCACGUCGAUUCCCACUGGUCGUUCGAAGAUGGCUUGGUCUGCCUUAGCCUCGGAGCAUCCAUCGUGAUGGACUUUCGGAAUCCGAGAACUGGUGCGCACGUGCCCCUCUUUCUCCCUGCGAGAAGCGCGCUCCUGCUUCACGAAGACAGUCGAUUCCUCUGGACUCAUGGCAUCUCAGCGCGGAAGACGGAUGUCCUCGCAUCUGCCGAUGGGCACCAUCACGCGGUCAGAGAACGUUCGGUGCGGACUUCGUUCACCUUCCGCAAGGUGCGCGGGAGAGACAGCUGCGAUUGCGAAUACGAAGAACUGUGUGACUCAAAAGAACAGAAAAGAAAGCAGAAACAGGAGGCUCCAAAGGAGCUGGCAGACGCCGAGGCAGCAGAACUCGAAUGCAGCCACGUACACCAGGUGUACGAGACCAUAGCAUCCCACUUCAGCGAAACCCGUCACAAGGAGUGGCCGCGGGUUGCCGAGUUCCUAGAUUCCAUACCAGAGGGAUCACUCCUACUGGAUGUAGGGUGUGGAAAUGGCAAAUAUCUUGUGGAUCACUCCCACCUGCUCAAGGUGGGUUUGGAACGCAGUUACGGGCUUGCCUCAAUCUGCAGGUCAAGAGGCAUCGAGGUGACAGUAGGCGAUGCCCUUGCUCUGCCCUGGCGGGAUGGCUGUUUCGAUGCUUGCCUCUGUAUAGCUGUUAUUCAUCACUUGGCAACUGAGGAAAGACGGCGUCACGCGGCAUCAGAAAUGAUCCGCGUCUUACGCCCUGGAUCGCGUGGUCUCGUUUACGUAUGGUCCCUCGAGCAGGAGAGAGGGGGCAAGAACUCGAACUACGUGAAAACCUCACGUACAAAACAAGCCCCUGCUGACUUCAGAGGCUCUCAUGGACUGCCCAUUCAUAUCAAUCGGACGCCCUUUGUUGAGCCCGAUGUUCUAGUUCCAUGGCACAACAAGUCUGAAGACGGCACCAUGAGCUCCGAACCCGUGCACCGCUUCUACCACGUGUUCGUCCGCGGAGAACUGCGAGACCUGUUCGAAAGCGUCCAGCCCGGCUGCGUCGAAGACGAAUACUACGACCAGGGCAACUGGUGCGCGGUACUCAGGAAGCGAGCGACGUCUAGGCAAUAAAACCACUUUUUUUUUAUUCAUUUUUAAACUACA